AUGGCCCCAGGGAUGAUCAAACUUGUUUGUCAGGUUCCAGGCUGCAAUCGCGUCUUCAAAAAUAAGUCUGGUCCUGGCUUUAUAUCUCCAAGGGCACAAUCUCCCAUUCCAGGUGCAGAGGACGAGCAGGAGAAUCCAGGAUUUGUGCCUGAAGAAGGUACUUGGGUGGACAUGGGAAACUUGUUCCGUGUGUUCCAUCCGCAUCUCACAGGGCUCAAAUGCGACACUGAUGGUACAUUUAUUGAUCAAGAUGCACCUCCCUCACCUCGUAUGAAUGCCCCAUCAACUGACUGGACGCCUUAUCAAAACAGAGUUGAAUUUGAGACAGCAGAAUUCCUCUUUAUGUGGAACCAAAUGUCUGCAAAGCAAAUCGACAUGCUGCUCGACUUAUGGGCUGCAACUCUCAUCAAGCAUAAUAAUGCUCCCCCUUUCGCCAACCACAAGGACAUGUUUGCAACCAUUGAUGCGACCCUGCUAGGCGAUAUCCCCUGGCAGAGCUUCGCAAUGUCCUACAACGGCAUCAAACCACAAGAUAAUGUACCGCCGUGGAUGACCGCGCAAUACAAUGUGUGGUAUAGAGACCCACUGGAACUUGUGCGCAACAUGCUCGCAAAUCCCGACUUCAAUGGGGAAAUUGAAUUUUCGCCCUACCGUGACUACACCACUGACAACAAACGGUACUGGAAGAACCUUAUGUCAGGUGAUUGGGCAUGGAAUCAAGUGGAUCUAAUUGCUCAAAAUCAGGAGACCCAUGGUUCAACAUUCGUGCCGUUGAUUAUGGGAAGCAACAAGACAAUUGUCUCAGUCGCUACUGGACACACCGAGUAUCACCCACUCUACCUAUUGAUUGGUAACAUUUUCAAUAGUGUGCGACGUACGCAUCGCAACGGUGUCGUACUUGUUGGGUUCCUUGCUAUACCAAAAAGCACAAAGGAGCAUAAUAAUUGUCGAUGGUGUCCACGGUGUCUGGCAGAUAGCAAGGACCUUGACCGUGGUCAGCCUUGUCUGCAUAGGCGCGAAGAACACAUGGAGCUGCUCAUUGACCGACUGACACAUAAACAGCUGUGGUCCGAGUAUGGUAUCAUCAGCGAUCUCGUUCCGUUCACCAAUGAUUUCCCUCGUGCAGAUAUCCAUGAGCUUCUCUCCCCAGAUAUUUUGCACCAGAUCAUCAAGGGGACUUUUAAGGACCACUUAGUUGAUUGGGUGGAAGACUAUUUGACGGCCACACAUGGUGCUCACCUUGCAGCUGAAAUUAUGGAUGAUAUUGAUCGAAGUGGUCGCCCCAUUCGCUGGGUUACAACACUUUCCAGACGGACGCGGAUUCAAGCAGUGGACUGGUGA